UUCUUAUUUUGCAAGACACAAGACAACUUUUGAACGAGGAGAAGAAAAAAGAACUUUUACUUUAUUUAGUUUUUACAUCACGCUAGCUACUAACUAGCUAGCAAAGCAAGACCACCACCUCACAUUAGAUAUUAGAAUAGAACUUGCUUGCCUUGCUUUUCCGUUGUCACACUCGUCGUGUUUCUGUUUCUUUUCUGCUUCCUUGUUGCCCUUGAUUUGUGAUUUUAUCAUUGAACUCGAAUAAAUCAAGAUUAUUAAAUUUUGUAAAUUCUUUAGUUUAGUCUUUAGUCAGAAUUGGAAGAAGAAAACUUUCGCAAUGACGACGGCUGCCGAAUUUGAUAAAAAAUAUGAUAUCGUGGAUGAGAAACCGCCGCGGCACACUGUGCUGCGUGGGCGCUUCAAGAGAAGUUUCGCUUAUUACACAUUACGUGAACGUUUACCUGUGAUUUUAACUCAAGUUCUUGAUAAUCUUUCACGCGAUAAAGAUGAAAUAGCCGAAAAAUAUGGAAAUGAAGUUCGUGAGGAGAUCAAAGAAAUCGUUGGGAACAUCUCAAAGCUUAAGUAUCAAUUGCAAACUGAUAAGGCACUCGAACCAUUCGCUGGCAAUGAACCUGAUAAGGAAAUGUGGAAUGCAUUUAUUGCUGGACUUACUGCCGAUAAUGAUACAUUCUUUCGUAUUUGUUGGCUGCAUGGCGAAUGCUAUAUGUACCGUCGUCUUAGUUCUUAUUUCGAAUGCACGGACAAGAUGAGGGAUUACGAUUACUUUCAGAAGCAAAAAGAAAACGCUUUGACAUGUUGCACAGAUGCCCUGGAGAAUGUUGUCAAUAGCACACGGGAUAGUGUGUUAAGUGAGGAGUUCUUCAUUCGUAUAUUGAAGCUCAAUCUAUGGGGCAACCGUUGCGAUCUAUCCAUAUCCGAGGGAAAGGAAAUCAAACAAACUGGAAACCUCUUCGAUUCGGUAGAUUCAUUGAAUUCAAAUAUUUUAGUCGAUGACACAAAACAUAUAUGGAAUUGCAUAUCGAAACCAUUAGAUGGAAAAUCACGAAUUAUUGAUUUCGUUCAAGAUAAUUCGGGCUUUGAAUUAUUCACAGAUCUUCUAGUAGCUGAAUAUUUAAUUGAUAAAAAUCUGGCAACAAAAAUUCGUUUUCAUGUAAAAGCCAUUCCAUGGUUUAUAUCAGAUGUGAGACCAAGAGAUUUCCUGUGGACGUUGGACUAUUUGAGGCAACAUCCCUCGUCGACGGUAUUAAAGGCGGUUGGUGAGAAAUGGUAUAAUUUCUUGCAAGAUGGCAAAUUUGAAAUUGCUCCUAUUGAAUGGUUUUGGACGAGUCCGUAUGAAUAUUAUAGAAUGAAAGAAAUAAACGAGAAUCUCUAUAAUAAACUUGCUGAAUCACAUAUUGUGAUAUUCAAAGGAGACCUCAACUAUAGAAAGCUAAUUGGUGAUUUUAUGUGGGACUUUACAGAGGAUUUCAAAACAUGUCUUAGAGGUUUUCAACCAACCAACGUUUGCACACUUCGCACCGUCAAAGCUGAUUUAAUAUGUGGCCUAAAAGAAGGAACUGCUGAGAAUUUAGAUAAAAUCAAACCCGAUUGGAUGGUAACUGGAGAAUUUGGUGUGUUGCAAUUUUCAAGCUCGACAUAAAUUCAUUGAUU